AUGUGUCAUUGCGAGGAUUUAAAUGUUUGCAACAAAACAAAAUCGACUCUUAAAAGGGUGGAUUUUCUUUACGAUAACGAACAAGAUAGCGACGUUGUAUUUUUAGUAGGGAUAGAACCCGACGUCUGGAGAAUACCAGGUCAUAAGAAAAUAUUAUCAGAGACAAAUGUCGUUUUUCGGGCGUUGUUAGAUGGUCCGUUGGCAACUCGCGAUAACAUAAUCGUUAUUGAAGAUGUCGAAGGGAGAGCUUUCGAUUAUCUAUUAAGGUAUUUAUACGGGAAAGAAGUUAAUAUUCAAUCUGCGUCUACGGCUUUGAACAUUUUAUACGCCGCACAUAAAUAUUUAUGUUCCGGAUUAAUACAAGUUUGCGUUAAAUAUUUAGAUGAAAAUAUGAACGAGAAAAACGUUUUAGAAAUUUAUACUCAUGCGAGGCUCUACGCCGUUCGUGAUGAUAAAACGGCGUUCGAACCCUCGGCACCGGAAGCAUCGACUGAAAUAUUCAAUGAACAAAAUGGUAAUUCGAUACCCUAUUGGUCGGAAGCAUUAGUUCACAAUUGUCUUCAGUACAUCGAUGAAAAUGCGGAUCAAGUUUUGGUACAGGAGGGAAUAGAAGAUUUAUCGUCGGAAAAUCUUAAAGAAAUAAUCAAACGAGACACGUUGAAAAUAAAAUCGGAAUACGUUGUUUUUUUAGCACUCGAUAGGUGGGCAAAUCGAGAAUGUAAAAGAAGAAAAUUAAAUUUAAAUUUGAAAAAUCGACGAUUCGUUUUAAACGAUUUAAUUUACGAAAUACGUUUUCCAUUUUUCACAUCCGACGAAUUCUUAUUGGGUCCCAUACAAAACGGUUGGUUGGAUCAACAAGAGCUAACAAUUUUUUCGAGUUUGAUAUCGAACAAAUGUAAAAACAACAAUAAUAAUACCGGUCGUAUACCGGAAAAUUGGAAAAAUCACAUGAAAAAAAUAUGCAGGAAAAGGAUUUACAACGAAAACGAUAGCGUGACUCUGAGUCAAAGGUCAUGCGGUAUCGAAACGGAAAAGGUAAAAGAGAAAAACGUUAAAAAAAGGAAAAUUAUGAAAGCAUCGACGUUCGACGAUAAUGAAAAAUCAUGCACAAAAUGUUUUCCUGAAUUUAUGGUCGAUAUUCUCGUUUGUUUGUUCGAUUGA